AUGGACUGGAUUCCUAUGGACGGUUCGUUCAGUAAAGGUUCACCAUCAGCAACUUUCACAGCAGCUUAUACACCAAUUAACGUUAAAAGCAUUUGGGCUUUAUUUAGGAAGAAUGAUAAUUAUAUCGUGAAUUUCGAAAAUCCUCAAUUUGAAACCCUUCAAUUAUCAAUGGGCGCUUAUGGAAGUAUGCCAGCUGAACCAGAGAGCUCUUACGGUCCGGUGUUCUAUGAAAUGGUUGCUAAUGCAUGCAAUACAAAUAACGAUAUGAUAGGAUUUAAUGAAGAUGUGAUGAGGUCGUUAAUUGAUGAUGGAAGCGUUAAACAUUUAUAUGAAUCAUACGAUAACACUCAUUUCCUCUGUGGAUUCCCUACGGAAACUGAUUUCACAUUUCAACAGGGUCAAACAUCAACGGCACCAAUUACAUAUAAAUUAGGUGUUAAAGCUGAUGAUACAAAUAUAAGCGAAAAAUACACUGUCAAACCUUUAUUAGGAUUUCUUAGAAAUGCUUGUUUCGCUAUUCAAGUCAGACCAGCUGGCAUUCCUGCUGUUAGAAUUGAUGAUUAUAAUUUAGCUGCUGAUGGAGGUGAAGAGUAA